CCCGGCGGCCGCUGUGCCAGGAGCCCCGCGCUGCCCUCCUCCCCCUGCGCCGCCGCCGCCACCGCCGCCCCCGGGUUCAGGGUGGUCGCCGCUUCAGCCCCAGCGCAGGGACCCUUCCAUGAGGACUGAGGCAGGCGUCGCCGCUGAGAAGAGCCUGCUGACAUGACAUCGGCCACGGAGUUUGAAAACGUGGGCAACCAGCCACCCUACAGCCGGAUCAAUGCCCGCUGGGAUGCCCCGGACGAUGAGCUGGAUAAUGACAACAGCUCAGCCAGGCUCUUCGAGCGGUCCCGGAUCAAGACCUUGGCAGAUGAGCGGGAAGUCGUUCAGAAAAAGACCUUCACCAAGUGGGUCAACUCGCACUUGGCUCGUGCCUCCUGUCGUAUCACUGACCUCUACAAGGACCUGCGAGAUGGACGGAUGCUGAUCAAACUGCUGGAGGUGCUCUCCGGGGAGACACUGCCUAAGCCCACCAAGGGGAAGAUGCGCAUCCACUGCCUGGAGAACGUGGACAAGGCCCUGCAGUUCCUCAAGGAGCAGCGGGUACACCUGGAGAACAUGGGCUCCCACGAUAUAGUGGACGGGAACCACCGGCUGGUCCUGGGCCUCAUCUGGACCAUCAUCCUCCGCUUCCAGAUUCAGGACAUCGUUGUCCAGACCCAGGAAGGCCGGGAGACCCGCUCAGCCAAGGAUGCUUUGCUCUUAUGGUGUCAGAUGAAGACAGCAGGCUACCCCCACGUCAAUGUCACCAACUUCACCUCCAGCUGGAAGGAUGGCCUGGCUUUCAAUGCGCUGAUCCACAAACACCGGCCUGACCUGAUCGACUUUGAUAAGCUGAAGGACUCCAACGCCCGCCACAACCUGGAGCAUGCGUUUGACGUGGCUGAGCGCCAGCUGGGCAUCAUUCCGCUGCUUGACCCUGAAGAUGUCUUCACAGAGAACCCCGAUGAGAAGUCCAUCAUCACCUAUGUGGUGGCAUUCUAUCACUACUUCUCCAAGAUGAAGGUGCUGGCCGUGGAGGGCAAGCGUGUCGGCAAGGUCAUUGACCACGCCAUCGAGACCGAGCAGAUGAUUGAGAAGUACAGCGGCCUGGCUUCUGACCUGCUCACCUGGAUCGAGCAGACCAUCACCGUCCUCAACAACCGCAAGUUUGCCAACUCGCUGGCUGGGGUACAGCAGCAGCUGCAGGCCUUUAGCACCUACCGCACCGUGGAGAAACCACCCAAGUUUCAGGAGAAGGGGAAUCUAGAAGUCCUGCUUUUUACCAUCCAGUCUCGGAUGAGAGCCAACAACCAGAAAGUGUACACGCCGCACGACGGGAAGCUGGUGUCCGACAUCAACCGGGCCUGGGAAAGCCUGGAGGAAGCCGAGUACCGGCGGGAGCUGGCCCUCAGGAGCGAGCUCAUCCGGCAGGAGAAGCUAGAGCAGUUGGCACGGCGCUUUGACCGGAAGGCUGCGAUGAGGGAGACCUGGCUCAAUGAAAACCAGCGCCUUGUGGCCCAGGAUAACUUUGGGUAUGACCUGGCAGCCGUGGAGGCCGCCAAGAAGAAGCACGAGGCCAUUGAGACCGACACAGCCGCCUACGAGGAGCGGGUGCGGGCGCUGGAGGACCUGGCGCAGGAGCUGGAGAAGGAGAACUACCACGACCAGAAGCGCGUCACGGCCCGCAAGGACAACGUGCUGCGUCUGUGGAGCUACCUGCAGGAGCUACUGCAGGCGCGGCGCCGCCGGCUCGAGACCACCCUGACACUGCAGAAGCUCUUCCAGGACAUGUUGCAUAGCAUCGACUGGAUGGACGAGAUCAAGGCUCACCUAUUGUCUGCCGACUUUGGGAAGCAUCUGUUGGAGGUUGAGGACUUGCUGCAGAAGCAUAAGCUGAUGGAGGCUGACAUUGCCAUCCAGGGGGACAAGGUGAAGGCCAUCACUGCGGCUACCCUGCAGUUCACCGAGGGCAAAGGGUACCAGCCUUGUGACCCGCAGGUCAUCCAGGACCGGGUCAGCCACCUAGAACAGUGCUUUGCUGAGCUGAGCAACAUGGCGGCCGGGCGCAAGGCACAGCUGGAGCAGUCCAAGAGGCUGUGGAAGUUCUUCUGGGAGAUGGACGAGGCCGAGAGCUGGAUCAAGGAGAAGGAGCAGAUCUAUUCCUCGCUGGACUACUGCAAGGACCUGACCAGCGUGCUCCUGCUGCAGCGCAAGCACAAGGCCUUCGAGGACGAGCUGCGCGGGCUUGACGCACACCUGGAGCAGAUCUUCCGUGAGGCCGAGGGCAUGGUGGCACGCAAGCAGUUUGGGCACCCGCAGAUUGAGACCCGCAUCCGGGAGGUGUCGGAGCAAUGGGAGAAGCUCAAGGACCUGGCGGCCUUCCGCAAGAAGAACCUCCAGGAUGCUGAGAACUUCUUCCAGUUCCAGGGUGACGCUGACGACCUCAAGGCCUGGCUGCAGGAUGCCCACCGGCUGCUCUCGGGUGAGGACGUGGGGCAGGAUGAAGGUGCCACGCGGGCCCUGGGCAAGAAACACAAGGACUUCUUGGAAGAGCUGGAGGAGAGCCGUGGGGUGAUGGAACACCUGGAGCAGCAGGCUCAGGACUUUCCCCAGGACUCCCCGGAAGUGACCAACCGGCUGCAGACACUCCGCCAGCUCUAUGAGCAGGUGGUGGCCCAAGCGGACCUGCGCCGCCAGAGGCUGCAGGACGCCCUGGACCUGUACACGGUGUUCGGGGAAACGGAUGCUUGUGAGCUGUGGAUGGGCGAGAAGAGGAAGUGGCUGAAACAGAUGGAGCUCCCGGACACGCUGGAGGACUUGGAGGUGGUCCAGCACAGGUUCGACAUCCUGGACCAGGAGAUGAAGACGCUGAAGACGCAGAUUGAUGAUGUGAACCUGGCGGCCAACAGCUUAAUGGAGAGUGGCCACCCACGCAGCGGUGAAGUGAAGCAGUACCAGGACAACCUGAACUCCAGGUGGCAGAAAUUCCAGGCCAUGGUGUCCGAGCGGCGGGAGGCAGUGGACUCGGCCCUGCGUGUGCACAACUACUGUGUGGACUGCGAGGAGACCAGCAAGUGGAUCAUGGACAAGACGAAAGUGGUGGAGUCCACCAAGGACCUGGGGCGGGACCUGGCCGGCGUUAUCGCCAUCCAGCGGAAACUGUCGGGGCUGGAGCGUGAUGUGGCCGCUAUCCAGGCCCGGGUGGGUUCUCUGGAGCGGGAGUCGCAGCGACUGAUGGAGUCACAUCCUGAGCUGAAGGAAGACAUCAGCAAGCGACAAGAGUACGUAGAGGAGCUAUGGCAGGGCCUGCAGCAGGCCCUGCAAGGCCAGGAGGCCUCCCUGGGAGAGGCCAGCCAGCUGCAGGCCUUCCUGCAGGACCUGGAUGACUUUCAGACCUGGCUGUCCAUGGCCCAGAAGGCUGUGGCCUCAGAGGACAUGCCUGAGUCACUCCCGGAGGCCGAGCAGCUCCUGCAGUAUCACCAGGCCAUCAAGGAUGAUAUCGAUGGGCACCAAGAGAGCUUCCAGCACGUCAAGGCUUCUGGGGAGAAGGUGACCCAGGGCCAGACAGACCCAGAGUACCUGCUUCUGGGCCAGCGGCUGGAGGGCCUAGACACUGGCUGGGAUGCCCUGCACCAGAUGUGGGAGAGACGCAGCCACUCCCUUGCUCAGUGCCUUGGCUUCCAGGAGUUCCAGAAAGAUGCCAAGCAGGCUGAAAGCAUCCUCAGCAAUCAGGAAUAUGUUCUGGCACACCUGGAGCCCCCUGACUCCCUGGAGGCUGCAGAGGCUGGCAUCCGGAAGUUUGAGGAUUUUUUGCUAUCCAUGGAGAACAACCAGGAUAAGAUCCUGGGUCCCGUGCAUUCUGGGAACAGCCUGGUGGAGCAGGGCAACCUGUACUCAGCCAAGAUCAAGGAGAAGGUGCAGCAGAUUGAAGACAGGCACAGGAAGAACAAAGAGAAAGCUCAGGACGCCUCAGUUCUGCUAAGAAACAACUUGGAGCUGCAGAACUUCCUUCAGAAUUGCAAAGAGAUUACCCUGUGGAUCAAUGACAAGCUGCUGACGUCCCAGGACGUGUCCUAUGACGAAGCCCGCAACCUUCACAACAAGUGGCUGAAGCACCAGAUGUUUAUGGAGGAGCUGGCUUCCCACCAGGGGUGGCUAGACAACAUUGACGCUGAAGGGAAGCAGUUAAUAGAAGAGAAGCCCCAGUUUGCAGAGCUGGUGUCUCAGAGGCUGGAAGACGUGCACCAGCUCUGGGACAAGCUGCAGGCCACCACCAAGGAGAAGACUCAACUGCUUUCGGCUGCCCGGAGCUCGGACCUGCGCCUGCAGACCCACGCCGACCUCAACAAGUGGAUCAAUGCCAUGGAGGACCAGCUGCGAUCCGACGACCCGGGCAAGGACUUGACCAGUGUUAACCGGAUGCUGGCUAAGCUGAAGCGAGUGGAAGAUCAAGUGAACGUGCGCAAGGAGGAACUGGGGGAGCUGCUGGCCCAGGUGCCCUCGCUGGGAGAGGAAGGCGGAGAGGCAGACUUGAGCAUCGAGAAGCGGUUCCUGGACCUGCUGGAGCCCCUGGGAAGGAGGAAGAAGCAGCUGGAAUCAUCCAGAGCCAAGCUGCAAAUCAGCCGGGACUUGGAGGACGAGACGCUCUGGGUGGAGGAGAGGCUGCCUUUGGCCCAGUCGCCCGACUAUGGCACUAAUCUGCAAACCGUGCAGCUGUUUAUUAAGAAGAACCAGACGCUGCAGAACGAGAUCCUGGGCCACGCACCUCGCAUUGAGGACGUGCUGCAGCGUGGGCACCAGCUGGUGGAGGCAGCAGAGAUCGAGUGCCAGGACAUCGAGGAGCGCCUGGGCCACCUGCAGGGCUCAUGGGAUAAGCUCCAGCAGGCAGCGGCGGGGCGGCUGCAGCGCCUGCGCGACGCCCACGAGGCCCAGCAGUACUACCUGGACGCGGGUGAGGCCGAGGCCUGGAUCAGUGAGCAGGAACUGUAUGUCAUCUCCGAUGAGACCCCAGAGGAUGAAGAAGGUGCCAUCGUGAUGCUUAAACGGCACCUGCGGCAGCAGCGUGCUGUGGAGGAAUAUGGGCGCAACAUCAAGCAGCUGGCUGGCCGUGCCCAGGGCCUGCUGUCCGCUGGGCACCCCGAGGGGGAACAGAUCAUCAGGCUGCAGGGCCAGGUGGACAAGCACUACGCGGGCCUAAAGGACAUGGCGGAGGAGCGGAAGCGCAAGCUAGAGAACAUGUACCACUUGUUCCAGCUGAAGAGGGAGGCGGACGACUUGGAGCAGUGGAUCGCCGAGAAGGAGCAGGUGGCAUCCUCUCCGGAAAUGGGGCAGGACUUUGACCACGUCACUCUGCUCCGGGACAAGUUCCGGGACUUUGCCCGAGAGACGGGGAUGAUUGGACAGGAGCGGGUGGACAACGUGAACGCCAUCAUCGAGCGGCUCAUCGACGCGGGCCACAGCGAGGCGGCCACCAUCGCCGAGUGGAAGGACGGGCUCAACGAGAUGUGGGCUGACCUGCUGGAGCUGAUCGACACACGUAUGCAGCUGCUGGCCGCCUCACACGACCUGCACCGCUAUUUCUACACGGGCACCGAGAUCCUCGGCCUCAUAGACGAGAAGCACCGCGAGCUGCCCGCAGACGUGGGGCUGGAUGCCAGCUCCGCCGAGUCCUUCCACCGGGUGCACACGGCCUUCGAGCGGGAGCUCAGCCUGCUGGGGGUACAGGUGCAGCAGUUCCAGGAUGUGGCUGCCCGCCUGCAGAUGGCGUACGCCGGGGAGAAGGCAGAUGCCAUCCAGAACAAGGAGCAGGAGGUGUCUGCUGCGUGGCAGGCACUGCUCGAUGCCUGUGCUGGGCGUCGAACACAGCUGGUAGACACGGCAGACAAAUUCCGCUUCUUCAGCAUGGUCCGGGACCUCCUCUCCUGGAUGGAGAGCAUCAUCCGGCAGAUGGAGACCCAGGAGAAGCCCAGGGACGUGUCCUCCGUGGAGCUGCUCAUCAAGUACCACCAGGGCAUCAAGGCGGAGAUUGAGACCCGGAGCAAAAACUUCAGUGCCUGCCAGGAGCUCGGCGAGUCCCUGCUACAACGGCAGCACCAGGCCUCGGAGGAGAUCAGUAAGAAACUGCAGCAAGUCAUGUCCAAGAAGGAAGAGAUGAAUGAGAAGUGGGAGAGCAGGGCAGAGCGGCUGAGCAUGUGGCUCAACGUAUGCCAGUUCUCGAGGGACGCCUCUGUGGCCGAGGCAUGGCUCAUCGCCCAGGAACCCUACCUGGCCAGCCGAGACUUUGGCCACACGGUGGACAGCGUGGAGAAGCUCAUGAGGCGGCAUGAGGCUUUUGAGUACUCCACCCGCAGCUGGGAGCCACGCUUCGCUGCCCUGAAGCAACCGACCUUGCUUGAACUUAAGGAGCAAGAGACCCUGGAGCCACCUGCAGAGGAAACUGGGCCUCAAGAGGAGGAAGGCGAGACGGCAGGGGAGCCCCGCGUUCCCCACCGCGCGGCCACCGAGAGAACGUCUCCGGGGGAAGAAGCGGGGCCAUGGCCUCCAGACCUGCAGCCACCACACCCACCGGGGCAGCGUGAGGACGGCCCAGAGGCCCCAUCCAGCGGAGAGGACAAACCCGCCUCAGAGCCCCUCUUUAAGGCCUUGGACACACCCCUGAGUGAAGGGGACGAGCCUGCCACGCUGCCAGCCCAGCGGGACCAUGGGCACAGCGUGCAGAUGGAGGGUUACCUGGGCCGCAAGCACGACCUGGAGGGACCCAAUAAGAAGGCGUCUAACAGGUCGUGGAACCACUUGUACUGUGUGCUCAGAAACUGUGAGCUGACCUUCUACAAGGAUGCCAAGAACCUGGCCCUGGGCGUGCCCUACCAUGGCGAGGAGCCCCUAGCCCUGAGACAUGCCAUCUGCGAGAUUGCUGCCAACUAUAAGAAGAAGAAGCAUGUCUUUAAGCUGAGGCUGAGUAACGGUAGUGAAUGGCUCUUCCACGGCAAGGACGAGGAGGAGAUGCUGAACUGGCUGCAGGGCGUCAGCACGGCCAUCAACGAGUCCCAGAGCAUCCGCGUCAAGGCACAGAGCCUGCCCCUGCCCUCCCUGGGCGGCCCCGACACCAGCCUCGGCAAGAAAGACAAGGAGAAGAGAUUCAGCUUCUUUCCCAAGAAGAAGUAGCAGCGGCUGGGCCUGGGCAGGUGCUGUGGCCUUGACCUCCUCCCGCCCGUCGCCUGGCCAGGGCCCCACACUGCACGGCCAUAGCUGCCCCUGCUGGCCCGGCUGCCCAAUGCCCGCCUCCACGCCCUCUG